GCAGUACGCGCAACGGUAAAUCAGAUGCAUUUAAUUGGAUUUAAUCGUCUAAAUACCAUAAAUACUGUCCCCGCAUUUCUAACGUCACACCAGCUUGAAGCUGGAGAAUCUUUAUAACGGUUUAUAAAAGCCACAACUGUGACUAAAACGCCUCUUUAGGCGCGUUGCUACUGUUUGUAUUAGCAUGGGAUGCUAACGGCACAACAGUCUUCAGACUAAAUUAUUGGGGGAUGGUCUCUGUUCUGCUGCCACAAUGAAUUAAAUGCAACUGUACAGCUGCCAGACUCUCCUCAAGCCAAUUCUGAUUAUAAAACCACGGAGACAACCAUGACUUCACUGGGGAGCAGCAGUUCCUCCAGCACGGAAUACACAGUGCGAGUCCCCAAAAACAACAGCAAGAAGUACAACCUCAUGGCUUUCAAUUCAGGAGACAAAGUCAACUGUUCAGCCUGGACACAGGCUCGCAUGGAGAGAGACAUGAGUGCCCGGCGGAUUUAUGGGGAGGAAGAGACGGCGGAAGGUGCGGCUGGCAGUGAGUUUGGCAAAAAGCAGCGCGAGGAAUCACGGCGGAAGAAGUACGGUAUUGUGACUCGGGAGUUCAAAGUGGAGGACCAGCCCUGGAUUCUAAAAGUCAAUGGCAAGGCUGGCAAGAGGUUCAAAGGUAUAAAAAAGGGCGGCGUUACAGAAAAUGCCUCCUACUACAUCUUCACACAGUGUCCUGAUGGAGCUUUCGAGGCUUUUCCCGUCCACGGCUGGUACAACUUUACACCGCAGGCCAAACACCGAACUCUCACUGCCGAGGAGGCUGAGGAGGAGUGGAGCAGAAGAAACAAGGUGGUGAAUCACUUCAGCAUCAUGCUUCAGAGACGUUUCCGGGAGCAGGAGCGCGGUGGUGAGGACGAUGACGAUGAGAACGAUAAGGCGGGGAAGAACAAAAAGAAGGGGGGCAAGAAAGGGGGCGAUCUGCGCAUCCACGACCUGGAGGAAGACUUGGAGAUGAGCAGCGAUGACAGUGACAGCAGUAUGGGGGACGAUGGAGAAGCGAAGACAAAGGGAAAAAAGGACACGGGGAAAGGAAAAGCAAAGAAGAAGAAGAAGAAAAAGGGCAGCGACAAAGAGGCCCUGGAGGACAGCGAUGACGGUGACUACGAGGGUCUAGAGGUGGAUUACAUGUCGGAUGAAAGCAGUUCAGACGAAGAGCCGGAAAAGGGAAAGCAAAGCAAAGGAGAGGAUCAUCCAAAAGGGAUCGAUGAGGCAUCUGAAAGUGAGGAAGAGAGUGAGGAGGAGAAACCGAACGAAGAGGAAACAAAGGAGGAGGAGGAAGAAGAGGAAGGAAAGAAAACGCCGGUCCAAACGGAAAAGAAGAAGAAAAAAGACAGCAGCGGCGAGUCGGAAAGCUCCGAUGACAGUGACAUUGACGGAGAGACGGCCUCCGCUCUGUUCAUGAAGAAGCGCACUCCUCCUAAACGUGGUGGCCGUGGCUCUGCAGGCAGCUCCAGGACUGGCAGUCGCCCCGGGACGCCGUCCAUAGACUCGGCCUCCACCUCCAGUACGCUCCGCGCUGCCGCCAGCAAGCUAGAGCAAGGUAAGAGACCGACUGCUGGUCCCAGCACCGACUCACCGGCUGCCAAAAGGCUCAAAAUGGAGCCCAGCAGUCAGAGCCCAGCCCCCUCUGGGAAAACCACGCCCCAACCCCCGUCAGGCAAAUCCACUCCCAGCUCCAGUGAUGUGCAGCUAACAGAGGAAGCAGUUCGCCGGUACUUGAUCCGUAAACCGAUGACCACCAAAGACCUGCUGAAGAAGUUCCAGACCAAGCGCACAGGUUUGAGCAGCGAGCAGACCGUCAACGUGCUGGCACAGAUCCUGAAGCGCCUUAAUCCGGAGCGCAAGAAUGUCAACGAAAAAAUGCACUUCUACUUAACUGAAUAAGCCAUCAAGCCGAGAGGUGUGGAGCAACAGGGGAGAGAAAAGCCACGGCCCUGUGCUGUUUUGACAAGGGAUCUGUCAUCGCUGGUUUAUUGACCAAAAAAUAUUUUUUACAACUAAGUAUUAAGCAUCCUGAACUUGUUUUUCAUUCCCUGAAAUCUCCCAUCAGGUCAUAGAAAAUUAACUGGACUUCUAGUUUUUCUCAAAGUGUGAAGUUUCGCCUG